AUGAAGUUUUCGCUGUGCUUGCUGUCGCUCGCACUGCUUACGUCUCUCGUCUCCGCCUCUCCGGUCGCGGCGCCAGAUGAGAUCGUCAGCCGUGAAGAAUAUGGAAUGCUCGUAGAUAGGCAGUUUGGUGGUGAUUCUUGCUGUUCUCCGUAUUGA